CACAGAGAACAAAAUCCUGAAACAACAGGGAUGUCAUAGAAAUCGGAAAAAAAAAACCUAAACCUAAACCCUGCAAAGUGUUGAGUUUACAGUGUAGUGAGUAGAAAUUGAAGUUGAAAGGAUAAUAGUAACAGCACCAUUCAUCACUCAGCAGAGAUGGCUACCGUUGAAAGUAGAAAGAAAUCAUUGGUUUUGGCUCUCUGCAAGCACCUUUCAUUGGAUCCUAGUGUUGUUUCAGCUGAUAGUUUAGACAGUGAUAUUAAGAGUCUUUACUUGAACAUUGCAGCGGCACCGGGACACGAGGUUAAUCACUCUGAUGAGGAGUUGAAGUGGGUAGCUUUUGCAGAAGCUUUCCCAGUGGCCCCUGAUGCAUGCUUUGAGAAUCUCAAGAAAUUAAAUGAGGAACUGUCUGGAAAGGCUGUGCUCCUGGGCAAUGGAUUGAAACCCUCUGAAGCUGAUGUUAUAGUGUAUUCAGUGGUUCAUUCUUCUCUGAUCAAUCUUUCAGAUACAAACAAGGACAAACUGCCACACGUGUUGAGAUGGGUGGAUUACAUCCAGCACAAGCAAGAAUUUGUAGGUUUAUUUGAGAAAAUAUUGGUGCAAAAGCCUGGACUUAAGCCUCCGGUAACAAAACCUGUUGGAGCUGUGGAAGCUGAUUUGAAAUCAAACAAGACUGAGCAAAGCAUAAAGAAUGUAAACAAGCCAGAAACAGACAUAAGCAAGGCUAAAACCAAAGCUGAGGGAAAGUCAAUAGGAGACAAAGAACCUACCAAAGCCAAAGCAAAACCUGCUGACAAAGAAGUGGCUGAGAAAGAGAAUGAAGUUAGCGUCAGUUUGCUUAAUAUUCAAGUUGGAUUAAUUCGUAAAGCAUGGAAGCAUCCAUCUGCAGAUAGUUUGUUAGUUGAGGAGAUAGAUGUUGGGGAAGCCAAAUUGCGGCAGGUUGUUAGUGGUUUGGCAAAGUACUUCAGUCCCGAUGAGUUGACGAAUCGUCGUGUUGUACUUAUAACAAAUGUCAAACCUGGAAAAUUACGUGAUGUGGUGUCCGAAGGAUUGGUCUUAUGUGCUUCAAAUGAAGGUCCAACCGUGGUGGAGCCCUUGCUCCCUCCAGAAGGAGCAAAAAUUGGGGAACGCAUUUCAUUUUCUGGAAUCGAUGGAAAACCAGAAGAUGUACUAAACCCAAAAAAGAAACAGCUGGAAAAGAUUACACCGCAUCUUUUCACAGAUGACAAGGGGGUGGCCACAUUCAAGGGAAUACCAUUUAUGACGUCUGGUGGACCAUGUACAUCAUCCAUUCCCAGAGCAACUAUUAAAUAAUGGAGCUAUGGCCCAUUCAAUGUUCUUCACUACUUAAAAGAUUUUUGGUACCACAAUGUUGGGAAGUUUUGAUUACGUGAAUAAGACGUUACUAUAUUGUUGACAAGUUUAUGUUGCAGUUGCAGUUAUAUGGUCUUAAAUGCUACAAAUAUAAUCUUGAAGCCAA